ACGUAUAUGCGCUUCCUUUUCCAGGCCUUCCCAGGAAUGGUUCCGUAUAAACGACCGGCGGGCGACAAGUCCGGCAUGCCGGUCUAUCAGCCUACCAGUGCGACGACCUACCAACAGUUAAUGCAGUUGCAGCAGCCCUUCGUGCCUGUGUCAUGUGAGUACACUGGAACACCACCCCUACCCACCCAAACCUCUAACCAAUCGGUCGUGCAACCUCCGAACGUGCAAAGCAACCACCACGCGGUGGUGGUUCAGUCCUCCUCCUCCUCCCAGGGAACCAGUGGCGCCACAGUCAAUAACUGCGCCGACGCCAACAAUGGCGUGCUGAUGGAUCCCUGCAACAACCCACCGCCACCACCUCCAACUGCUGACAAUAACAGUAACAAUAGUAACAGCAGUAACAAGCAGCCGAAUACUACGCAAAAUCACGAUGCUGAAAACGCGCAUAACUCCCCCGAAUUGAAUCACUCGAGUCCUUCGACGAUUACUCAACAGCAACCUCAGCAUCAGCAAACCCAGCAAACCCAGCAUCAGCAACAUCAGCAGCACCAACAGCAACAGGCUCAACAGCAGCAACAGCAACAACAACAACAUCAACAUCAACAACAACAACAACAGUUGCAACAACAGCAUCAGUUGCAACAACAGCAACAGCAACAGUUACAGAAUCAGUUGGCGUUGUCCGCCGCUUCCGUGCAGCCCGCGAUGAGCCCGUUGACUUCAGUCGCCGGGUUAACUUCGAUGCCGGGUGUAGUCAAUAUGGUUUCCAUGGCCUCUAUGGCUUCGAUGGCGAACAUGUCGAAUGUACCGUCGGUGACGAACAUGGCAUCAAUGUCGAAUUACAACGCCUCGAACGUUGCCGGUCUGAACAUGCUGAACAGCCUUGGCAUGGCGUCCGGGUUGCCAGCUCAUCUCGAUCCAGCAGCUCUGGCGAAAGAGGUUGCCCAGAAGAAUUACGCGAAAGCUAUUAAACUGUCUCAGGCGUCUCAAUCGUAUCCUAUUAACCAGCUGACGGCGCUGAAUUACACCGGCGUAGCUUUAAACAAACAGGCUCUCGUGAAUCCUGCAGCUGCGGCUGCAGCAGGGAACCCAGCGGUAGCAGGAUUACAAGCUACAGCAGCGACACCCAGGCCAGUAAUUCCCAACCUAGCUGGUAUUCCAGGAGCCUUGACUUCUCCAUUGUCUGCUGGACUUUUAGCCUAUUCGAGACCACCGGCGGGCACUCACAUCAAUCCUUACUCUCUCAUGAGGCAGCAGAUCCUACCGAAUCCUUACGCCUCGAUACAGACCGUUCCCAGCGCGGCGGUCCAAGGCAGCCCAUACGUACAGAAUCCGUACACGGUUCUUCCCGGUGUUCCUGGAGUCGCUGCUGGCGUGGCAACAGCCGGUGUUCCGAGUGUUCCACAAAUUCCACAGAUACCGAAUCCUGCUACCAUCGCGGCGCAACCGCAGGUAGCUAUCCCCGUGAGUUCUGGUGUGAUCAUGCAGCCAUACAAAAAGAUGAAGACUUCGUAAACUGUUUUUUCUUUGGGGAACACGAGGGAAGACUUGCUUCUCUUGCUGCUGAAUAUCUGGUUCCUUCUUCUGGGCCCUUUGCAUUCUCUCUUUCGACCGCGAACGGCGCGCGUCGGUCUUCGAGUUUCGCGUGUUCCUUCCGGCUACGAUCGGAUUAUUCUUAUGACGCUCGCACGGUCUCUCGGUGUACCCGUAAGAUCCUUCCUUGGGAACUACUUUCGGGAACUACGGCACGCUAGAUUUUGGUCUGGUUCUAUUGUACGAACAGUCUGAAUUUUGAUAAUCGAAGUGAGAAUGAUCUCGACGAAGAGAAAAUGAUAGAAUUAAUAUGCGAACGUGCUUGUUUUAAUCACAAGCGAUCAUACUUUUAAGGGAGCUAGGAUGUUUACAGACGUAUCCUCAUUUCUCUCGAAAAUUUCAGGCAUCUAGUGUUCUACUUGCAGUGUCACGAUUUUCCGAAAAGUUAUUCAUUUAUCCUGAGUUUAGUGAAGCUUCAAAGUUAAAACGAUCAUCAACGUUCACGAUGUCAUUUCGGUCCGUGUAAAACGAAGAUCGUUCGAAUCUUGGAAAAUUAGAAGAAAAUGCUACAAUCGAUCGAACUCAUCUCAGCUUCGUUUUCUUCAGCGUCAGUUUUCAACGUAUUUUCAGUAGCUGAGUAGAUAAGCACCGCUACACAUUUUUUUAGAUAAAAGAUAAGUGAAAGGGAUAUUUGUAAUGAUGAAAGUGAAAAGAAUCAAUUAAAUACUUGUUCUUCUCGAUACGGUGUAGACGUUAUCAACGAUAAUCGAAUAAUAUUCUAUAAUAUGCAAACUAAUCGAAACCGAGACGUGUAGCGAUCUUGUCAAAAACCGUGUGAGAGUUAACAAUCAAUUUAAAAAGUGAAAUUUCUUUUGUAUUCGUUGUUAAAGAUAUUAGGGAUCGAAGCACCUAGUGUAUUGUUAGUUAAAUAAAUGAUACUAUAACGAGGAAUUGAGCGAACUGUAGAAACCGCACGCGGUCCCGUCCACGAAAGAGAGAAUACGAACCGAGCAAAUGCGAAACGAGAAUUGAAUUGUUAGAAGAAAAGACGAGGAAAAGUUAAGAAAUAAACAAGAGUUCCGAAAAUAGAUUCAUUUUCUAGUCAGACAUUGUCGGUGAACAGUGCCUUAUUGACCCGAUUCCACUUUAAAGCGUUCUGAACUAUGUAAAGACUAACAACGCGAAGACUAUUUAAGUCAUCCUCAAUUUCUUCGUUUUUAUUUAACGAUUAACAUAACUGUAUACUUUCAAUAACUUGAGACGUCCACGAAAGGCGUAUUUAUCCAUUGUUUUAUGUUUUUAUCUCGUACGUACCGUCUGUUAAAGUGGAUCUAUGAAGACUUGCCAGAGUUGAAAUUUUUGCGGUUUGCACGAGUCAUCGGGAUUUUUCUUAAUAAUUUCUCCGUUUUCUUCCCAUAACGCCGUUCAGCGUUCCUUAGUUCAUAGACACAAUUUUUAUUUAUAGAACAAAAUUCGUCGGUCGUAGUAGCCGUACUUAGAAAUAAUUUUACUUUUGUUAAAAAUUUCUAUUGCGCCGUGACAUCGCGCGACUUGUUCCGUUUUUUGUUUAAUGUAUAUUAUUUUAUCUGUUGCGAUAAUAUUCGAAAAAGAAGUGUUUCCUCAGAAUUUUACUCUAUUCUUCUUAUAUCGGAAAAUAUAUUUUCAAUAUAUUUUCAAUAUAUUUCGAAUAUAUUUCGAAGAUGCUGUGUCUAUAUACAUAUAAAUAUCAUACGAAUAUAAUAUGUGUAUAUACAUAUAGAAAGCGCAGAUACGCCAGAAUGGACGAAAACCAUGUUCGGCCUAAGUCACCUAAUUCACGUGCGCGACACUUGCCUUUUUAAAUCCGUAGGGACAAAAUGAAUUUAAAUCUAGUUGGCUGGUUUCGGCGUACAUUUUUAUGUUUCUCAGUCGAUUGUUCAUUAUUCGACGUCGAUUGAUUUUAUUCACUAUAUAUAUAUUGUUCGUUUAUCGUUUUCCCAGAUUUUAAUUUUGAUCGUUUAACGUACAGCUCACUCUAAAAGAGCAGGAGGGGGGAGGAGAGGGGACGGUUGGAAACAAAAAGGAAAGGAGAAACAGGGAAAUUUAAUUACCAGGAGGUUUCUAGACUCCCGUUGACCGUACUAUGAAAAUAUUCUGUUAUUCAAUUCUUAUAUUCUAGACCUCCAAUCUUUUCCCGAACGAUAUUUCCACCGACCCGAUCUCUCUCCCCUCUAUUUAGUUUUAGGGAUUAAUUGAACUAUAGUAACGUAUGUUUCCUAGAAACACCUUGCACAUCGAUAAGAUUGAAAUGGAAAUGCCGUCGUGUUCGUGGCAGUCCUUUUAAUUCAUAUACAGGGUCCGGCCGAACAAUGCGUGCAAGCGGGUGUGUACGUUGAUACAUCGUGAAAACAUCGGGAAACGUAGUAGAACAUUAUUUGUGCAUCUCAGAUUUCGUUUUUGAAAGAAACGAGUUCGAAAAUCCGUUCCGUUCAACUUCGAUCUAUUCGCCAUACGACGCGUAACACUUACUUUGACUGCAAAGCAAUGCUCUACGAUUUGUACGAGACGUGUGUAACUACGUAUACAGGAAAGAGGACAUUAAUUUCAGCAGUGCAGUAAUUGUGAUGAUAACAUCGUAUUCUUAUAAGAAUAUUUUUUAUUCUUUCCUGAAUCCUAUAACUUCUAAAUGUCGCGUAGAUAUUGCUUACAAUCAAUACCGUUGCAUACGUUGCAUGGCGAAUUACACCGUACGGGUAGCUACUUUUUUCCGAAUUUUUUCACAAGAAAAUACGCUGCGACCGUCUUUACAUAUUAUUCGGCUGGGUCAUGUGUAUAUAAUAUAUAAAUAUAAAUAUAUAUAUAUAAUUAACAUAUGCAUAGAUUUAGCAGAGACAUCGUCCUAUCUUAUUUUAUUUAGGGCUAUAAUAAUGGUAAUAUUGAUAAUAUUAAUAAUAUAUUUAUCUAGAUAGUAUUUAAUUAGCAUGUGAAACACGAGGCGUCAUCCUUCUGUCCUUUGUGAAUUCAACUCGGGGGAGUUUGUUGCACACAGUGAACCUCGUCAAUUGCAACUUUCGAGCUUAUGCAUUUAGUCGAGUGAAGAGAUGAUUACGAGCGAACCUAAGCGGAAAUCAGAGUAAACGAAUGACAAAUAUUACAUGCAUUUACACGAACUUGCGAGGGAGAAAAACAAAAACAAAAACAACAAAAAAAGAUGAGAAUAACCAGGAGGCUGAUCUUGAGAGAAGAGAUAAAGGAAAUAUAAGACUAAUAACAGAUAACAGAAAAUGAAAAACGA